AGCCCUGCGGGAACCUGUAGCUCCCUGCUGGUUGCCUUAGCAACGCGUCGUUGUUUCUAUGAUGCGAUGGUGUAGCGCUGUGUGGAAUGCUCGAAAGCCGACUCAGAAGCCCGGUGUUGGCAUGGGCAGACUGUUUGCCUUAGAACUACAAAUAGGGCAGCCAGGGCCCUACAAGGUAUACUGUGUGCCAGUGAAGCCCCAAGCUGCCCAGCCAGGAGGUAUUCCCCUGUUUAUAGCAUCUGACACAGGCAUUGUUAUUGAGUUAAUAUAAAAUAGAAGACAUGCUCAGCAAAGCAACAAACACCAAUGAAGUCAAAAUCACUGAUACCCAAACACAUUCUAUAAAGAAUCCUGUGCAACCAGAAAACCCUUCUGUUUUAACGUCUUCCACUCUAUCAAAUACACUGGACCUCAGCAAGAAAAAGCUUUGUCAUCUUGAUGAAGAUCUUUAUAAAGACACCACUUCCAUACAGAAUAUCCAUUUAGCAUGGAAUGCACUGUCCUCUGUUCCUGAGAAUCUUUUUAUACAACUGCCAUGUCUUGUUUGGUUAGAUCUUCGGUAUAACCAGAUCACAAAUUUGCCUGCUACCAUUGGAGAACACAGGCAACUAAAGUACCUACUUUUGGAGGGAAAUCCCAUAAAGGCUCUUCCCGUUGAACUUGGGGAUCUGUCUACACUGAAAGCGUUAAAUCUAAGACACUGUCCCCUUGAGUUUCCUCCAGAAGAUGUUGUACACAAAGGGCUUGAAUCGAUUUUAUCUUUUCUGCGACAAGCAAGAAGAGGAAUCCUGGGCUGUGAGGCAGAAAUGCCGGUUAUUGAAAAACUGAGACUGCAAGAUCUGGUGAGGUCCAGCUUAGAAGCGUCAGAAGAAUGGGAAAGCAACGAUGAAAGGCUGCGCUUUGAAACGCUCAAAAAUAGACUUAUAGAGGAAGAAAUGAAUGAAGUUCGGGCGAUUGGUCUUCCAUCAAUUACCCAGGAAGCAUCUCGGUUAAUAAAGAGAAACAAAUGGAACUUUAUAACUGAUCCAAGGCGCCCAGCAGAGGACAGAACACUUGCGGCACAAAGGCAGGCAGAAGAUAAGGAAAGACUUGCUGCAAUCAAUAAGAAGCUGAAAGAUCAAGACAUUCUCAAAGACUGGCAGAAGCAGACAAAGAACAUGCAGUUUCAAAAAGAAAGAAAUAGAAAAACACCAGAAAACCAGGUACCCAAGGCUCCAUACGCCACAGAUCUGGGUCCAGGCCAGAGAAAGGAUAACUGGGACAAGCAAAGGCCUCUUUCAGAUGAAAAAUCAAGGAUCAGGUCCACAAAAUCACAGAAGGAAACAGAGAAAGAAAGGGUCUCCAAAGAUCAUAGGCUGGAUGAGCGAAUCAGGCAGCAUAUCCAGACCAUGAAACAAAGACAGAAGGUUCCAGAGGCCACCGCACUGCAUGCAGUCAUGGCAGCAAGAAAAGAUUUGGAAGAGGCUACAAAACUCCAGGCUGAGCUGUUACAGAGGAAGAAGGAGCAAGAGCUGGAAUAUCGUUUCAGUGCGUUUACUGGAGAAAUCUCCCCCACUCGCUCUCCUGAAGGAAAGCCUCAGAAUAUCUUUGUAGUGCCUUUAUAAUAGCUUUAUACUGUAUAUACUAUAUAUACUGUAUGUAUACACACAGGACUAUUCCUAUAGGUUGUGUUACAAUACUGUUUUGGUUUCUGGUAAAACUGCAGCUAAUAUACAGUAUUAGGUCUUACGUCCUGUUCUGCAGAAAGGGAAGCUGAUGCUUCGUGUUGUAAAGCAUAACAGGACAAAAUCUUGCACGGUCUUCUGCCAAUCAAGUUGCCCAUUUGCUGAAUAUAAGUAGGGCACCGUAAAGUAGCAGUUGUAUAGAGAAAAAAGGAAAACAAACUUCCCUCCACAGAUUCCUAUCUUUUUCCUGGUCGGAACUUUAGCUGUGGAAGUCUAUAACACAGAAGGGCAUAUUUAUUAUAAUGUGUAAGCCAACAUCACCAAUGCUCUUGCCUAAAACAACUAAUCAGAUCUUUGCUUUUGUUUUCUAACUUGUAGGUGAUCAUUCAAAUCUAAUUGCUGAUUGGUUGCUAUGGGCAAUAUCACCAGUGAUGAUGGAUUACACACUAUAAUAAAUAUGCCCCAGAGUAGGGGGUCAGCAAUGGCUGAGGACUAAUGGUUGGAACUUGCAACUGUCAGCAAUUAUUGACUCACUACUCCCAACAUUUGCAGCUAGUAUGCAAUGCAGGCUUGUAGUACAACCAAUCUGUUUACAAAUAAUGGCUGUUUUCCCCAGCCUCCAGCUCUGCUCAAUUCUUCAAUAAAAAUGUGAAACCUAUGCCAGCAUAUUGUUUAGCAUAGCCAGGGCAAUGCAGAAAAGAGGGGCUCCUCUAGUCAGGAAAGCAGUAUUAAUGAAUGGUCUCCAACCUCUGCUCUGUUGAAAUAAAUCCACAGGCAGAAGGCUUACAGUUCAUACUGGGAGUUAUUGUUGAGUUGAAAUUAUUGACGAAUGUAAUAAAACUAUUUAACAGUUCUAAUAUAGGAAAACAUUGCUAUGUAAGCCAAAAAUAUCUGGGAGGAGGGCAAAUAAGUGUCCAACUCAAAAUCUUGUCAUACCUGACCUAGUUGGGCUUUCAUGUGUAUGUAGGAGAGUUAAUAGGGAAUAUCCAUAAAUCUCACCCUAAUGUCGUUCAGGAUGAGCCCCUCUCCACUGCUCCAGUUACCCCCAGGGGGCAGCCCCUUAGUUUGGGAACCCCAUUUAGGUUGUUCUUAGUACAUGGUGGUACAGGUAUGGGACCCAUUAUCCAGAAACCUACCUAAGAUGGUGCAGUUUUAUAGUGUCUUUGACAAGAAUAAGAGAAAAAACAUUUUUGUUAUGGCCAUUGUGGCCACAUGAUAUCAGACUACAGCUUUGAAAAUGCUAGACCACACCCUCUUAAUGACCACACCCUCUUGCUGCUAAACCACACCCCUUGGCUACUGGUAGCGGAUUAUAUUGUAGCUGACUAUGAGGCAUUUCUGACCAUAUACAAUGGCAGCUUUGGCAGGGCUAAACCAGCAACAUACCAGUUGGGGGGCUGAACAAAAAGGACUCAAAAGGAGUUAUUUAUCACCACAAGUGCAAUUGUGGGCUAAAUUUGAGGUGUUUUACCGACAAUGCAGUAGAUUUUCCCACAAUCUCAGCUUCAGUGUGGUCACUGUCAUUGCAUCCAUUGCAUAAACUUAUCAACUUAUUGUGUCACUUGGUUGCUAUGGGUUGCUGCACCUGAGCAACUUAGUGGGGUUAUUAAUGAAUUGCUUUCUUUGUUAAACAAAAGUCAUCAUACAGUGGCACGUAAUGUGGCUAAAUAAAGGCCCAAAAUGAACAUU